AGAAUGUUCAACGCAGGAGUGACCGAGGGACAAUCAACCACGAGGCCACCUUUGUUCGAUGGAACAAACUACUCGUAUUAGAAGGAUAGGAUGAGAAUCUUUAUCCAAUCCAACUACUACAAGCUUUGGUUGAUUGUGAAGAAUGGCUGCGGAGUCCCUAUGAAGGAAGUCGGUGAAGUCAACGUCCCCAAAACCGAAGAGGAGUUCACCGACGAAGAUUGCAAAAAGAUGGAGCUCAACGCAAAGGCAAUAAACAUGAUUUAUUGCGGUGUUAAUGCGGAUGACUACCGCAAAAUCUCGCGGUGUGAAACCGCAAAACAAAUGUGGGAGAAAUUAGAGGUCACCUACGAAGGAACCGCGCAGGUGGACGCAAUUGAAGGACGUGACUUCCAAACAACGACCUAUGAUGCUAUUCGAGGUAACCUCAUUACCUACGAAACCACCCAACUCUCAAAGGUGGUUGAAGAGAAGAGCAAGAGGUCUAUUGCUCUACUCGCAACAACAUCAUCCCACAACAACGUUGAUGAUGAAGAUGAUGACAACGACGACACCGACCUCGAACUCUUCGUCCGAAAAUUCAAGAAGAUGAUGCUCAAGAGGGGAGCCAAGAAGAACACUCCACCCAAGUGCUAUGGGUGUGGUGAAAUUGGACACAUCAAACCAAUGUGUCCAAAGCUCAAAAACGAGAAGGACAAGAGGGCACCGAAGAAGCAACAUGCCUACAUUUCUUGGGAGAACGACGGCUCCGGGAGUGAAGACUCAGAAACGGAGGAAGUGGCCAACUUGUGUCUCAUGGCCAUUGAAGAUGGUGAUACAUCAAAAGAGGUGUGCUUGAAGGCUUCGAGUACCUCUUGGUAUCUCGAUAGCGGAUGCUCCAAGUACAUGACCGGAGACGCAUCCAAAUUUAGGAGUUUAGAGUAUUUCAAAGGUGGCAAUAUCGUUUUUGGUGACAACAACAAAGGAAGAAUCAUUGGAAGUGGCACCGUCGGGAAGGACAAUGCUACACCGUUGAGAACGUUCUUCUUGUUGAGGGCGUCAAGCACAAUCUUCUUAGCAUUAGCCAAUUGUGCGAUAGAGGUAACCGUGUCAUCUUUGAUUCUAGUAAAUGCAUUGUAGAACGCUUGUAUGACAAUAAGACUAUUCAAACACCAUCAUCUCAUCUAUUGUAAAUGUACAAACUAGAACUUUUAAGGGGCAGAUAGAAUCGAUUCACGGAGUAAUGGUUUCUCCUUCUUUGCACCGAUACCGUAGCAGCCUAUCGAGU